AUGAGUUACGUCGCAAAAUGUUCUCUGUGUAAUAGAACUUUUCCUUACAGAAAAUCAGACACAUCCGCCCUUAUUAGACAUAUGAUAAAACACCAUCCGAAACACUCAAUUAUUGAGCCAGUUAAGCAACAUAUGCAGUUAGAAAAUUCAUCGUCAGUGAAUAGCUCGAACGAAGAUUUCAAAAGUGACCCACGGUUACGGAAACGAAAAGCUUUAAUUCGCAAACUUCGAACCAACUAUGGCGAAGCGGCAGAUGAAAAUCUUCCAGAUCGACGAGAUUUCACGGCUAGACGACCAACUGGAAAAUACAGAAUGUACUACAAAACCACAGUGGCCACCUGGAAACCGGCACGAGCCCGCAAAACCUGCUCAAGUUGCGGAGAAACCCACUUUCCCGUCAUUCGAUCUACGGCGGAUAAAUAUUCGCGAUCAGUUUUGGGGGCGACAACGAUAAUGUCCUGCUGGCCGUUCUGUUUUUUGCCCUGUCUCUUUACAGCUCCAACCAAACAUCAUCUGCAUUGCUCCAGCUGUGGUGCCUAUCUAGGACCGUAUGACGAGAGUCGUGAAGUUUUUGCGGCUAGCGCGAAUGCACCUACCCACCAUCGUCGGAGGAGGAAACAGCCUUCCCACCGAGGAGGGUGA